UCGGACCGGAACAGAUGGAUGGCGACAGAGACAUCCACACAAAAAUCUCUGUCUGUAUCUAUUGAGUUAAUCGUUUCCCAACGCUUUGUCGUCCGCCUCAGACAAACAAAUGAAGAUUAUGGGACUUUAGUCGAUGAUUUGAUGGCAAGGCCCAAGGUGUGCUAGACCCCAGCGGAAAAACUCUUGUGAAAAUUCCGAUUAUUAGCUGAGAUCUCCCUCUCACUCUACGGCGGCAUCAUGUACUGCAGCAGCCGCCCUCUCAGAUAUAUUUUGUGUGUCAUCAGCGUGAUUUGUGCUGUGGGUGGCUGCCUGCUCAUCUGGUAUGGAGCCUGGCUGCUAGAGAGUCUCACCGAACAGCAGAGCGUCUUGAUCUUGGAUCAUGGCGAGCACUUGGCCGGCGUGCUCUGCAUCCUGCUUGGCUGUGUCAUCAUUGUGGCCAGCAUCUUUGGCUGUGUGGCCAUGGGCAUGGACUCCAGGACCAUGUUGAUCUGCUAUGCGGUGCUGUUGGUACUGCUCUUGGUGGUGCAGUUUGUUUUGUUCAGCAUCAGCUUUGCCGCCAGCAGGGACACACUGCCGGACACACUGCGGCAAGGCUUUGACGAUCUGUGGGAUCAUCAGCAUGUGGAAAACAGCACCCUGAACACCUACGAGGAGUGGCUGCACUGUUGUGGGCGCAACAGUGCCGAGGACUAUAUACACCUAGACAAGGACCUGCCAGUGAGCUGCUGCCUCAAUCUGGACUGCACGAAGCCCAUGAAUCUGUAUAUGGCGGGCUGUGAGCUGAAGUUCAAGGAGUAUCUCAGCGAAAAAACGGCGAAUUUUCAUUCGCUCAGUUGGUUCCUUAUUCUCAGUGAGUUUGCUGGCUCAGUGACCACCUGCUACCUGGUGGACAGCAUACGAAACCAUCGCGAUCGCGUACGAUUCUAUAAUUAAAUAUAAUUCUUACUUUCGAUUUCUCGAGCUGUAUUAUUAUUAUUUCUGUGUGUAAUUUCCUGGCCCACGAGCCCUGACAUAUUGUGAUUGUAAUUUACGAUGAUUAAUCAAGUUAGGCUACAGAUACCUAGUAUUCAUUCAUAAAAUUGUAAACUUGCACCCACGCGGGGCAAGCAAA